AUGGGCUUCGGCUCCCUCUCCUUGUCUCCGGGACAACUGGUGUUGGAGCAGAAGCCGCUUUAUGAUGCCUGGGCGGAGAGAGGCCGGGCCACAGCCCCUUGGGAAAAGUCGCUCUGAGGCACCACGGCCCGCGACUUCGCGCAGUUCAACGAGCUGCAGCGGCGCUACGGCCCGCGCGGGCUCGUGGUGCUCGGCUUUCCCUGCAACCAGUUCGGGCACCAGGAGAAUGCCACAAACGAGGAGAUCCUCCGCUCGCUGGAACACGUCCGCCCCGGCAAUGGCUACAAGCCCAACUUCACCCUGUUUGAGAAGUGCGACGUGAACGGCAAGGACGCCCACCCGCUCUUCACCUUCCUCAAAGAGGCGCUGCCCUACCCACAUGACGACCCCACCUCGCUGAUGACCAACCCACAGUAUAUCAUCUGGUCGCCCGUGUGCCGGAAUGACAUCUCCUGGAACUUCGAGAAGUUCCUCAUCGGCCCCGACGGCGUGCCCUUCAAGCGCUACAGCAGGCAUUUUGAAACCAUCAAGAUCCAGGAUGACAUCGAGUUCCUCCUUCAGAAAGUCCCCAAGGAAGUGCUUGAUUAG